AUGAGCCCUGCAGAAAGUGAUUCCGAAGGUCCUAUUCUACGUAAUUAUAUUAAACAUAACAAAAGAAAAGGAAUCAUCCAUUAUCAUAAUCCUCCAAUGAACGUUCAACUCGAUCGUCAAACCAUUGACGAUUUUAUUGAAUCAAAUAAAGAUUUAAGCAUUAUACAGAGUCUAGUAGUAGAUACCCUUGACAACUUCAAGAGAACUUCCAAAAAAAUUUACGCGAUUCCCUUUAUAAUUUGCAUGAUUCCAAGACUUGCGUUAAUGGAUAGUAAACUUACGAAAGAAAAAAACGAAUCCAUGUUAUUAACAUACCCGAACGGAGAUAUUACAAAAUGUAGUUUACGUUUAAAGGGAGGGGGAGGUUCGGGCAAACAAAAACCAAAGAAUAUACAGAAACUUUACUCUCAAGAAGUUACAAGUCAAUUCACUAAUAAUAAAAUUUGCACAUUACUUACCUAUUUUGAAAUAUCUCCUAAUGCCAUAGAAACUCGAAUCAAAAAACUCGAACAAACAAAUAUUGUACUUGUAGACGAAAAGGUUGAUGUUACGUCAGCUGGGAAAAAGUGUGAUGUUGACAAGCUAUUAAUAUCAUUGUCUAAAAUAAUUAGUGCUUCAGAAGAGCUUAAUUUGUUUAUGGUAGCAAGACUACUACUACUAGGCAUUUCGUUAAGAUUCAUUACUGAAGAGGAAGGUGGAGAGUUUGAUUAUGUGCAGUCAAUGAAUGAGAAAGCACGGUUUAUACAGAAGCUUCUUUUAAAAGAUGAUAUUGUAAAUGAUAUUCAUGAACGUCAUGUGUUAUCUAGUGUUGAUUAUCCACUUGAUUCAGAGGUUGCGAGACUUACGAAACUUGACAUUAAAGAACUUUUACAGAAAAUUGCAGAAGAUAAUAAUUACGACUUCCAAUUCUGGCUUAAGUACAUCGAUAUAUGUGACGCUUAUAAUUAUUUUGUAAUUGAAAAAUUAAAAAUAAUAGUAGAAAAAUUAGACUUGGGAGAAAAAAUUUCAGAAGCAUUAGAUACUCCACCAUUAUUAAUAAGUGAAGGUUAUCAUCCUGAUUUGAAAAUUUUUAAAGAAGUCUCUCUCGAUAAAUCUAAUACUAAGCAAAAUCCAUAUGUAGCUCCUACAAAAGUUAAUAAAAAUAAUAGUAAUGAUGAACCUAAUACUAAAUUCUCUGAAGAUUACUUCGAUCCCUCAAAUCUUAUUGCAGCUACAAGUGAAUAUGCCAUUGACGAUGUUAUUGACAUUGCUGAUAAUAACAGUAUUAUUAAUGACAAUGUUAACAAGGAUGUUAUUAUGGAAGAGUAA